UAGAAAUUGUGUAAAUAAAUGAAACGCAUAUAUGCUAUGGAUACUCCGUAUACAACGGUUUUUUGUCCAUUAUUUGUGGUGACAGUCCUAACCCAUCACGACAUAUUGACCCGUGCUGACCAAUGUACUGGGAACAUGAAUUGCAGUAACAGACAGGAAGGCGAUUGUUUUGCGUGUAGAUGUCCUCUUGGAUUCAUUGGAACAGAUUGUGAGAAACAGUGUCCUUAUCCUGGCUAUGGAGAACAUUGCCAAAUGACGUGCAAUUGUGAGGAACAGUUUUGUAAUCAUACAACAGGGUGUCAAGCUGGAUCGCCAACACUACCACCAAUUGUUCGAAGUACAACUUCUUCACAUAUUAUGUCUUCAAUCAAUCCAACCACUAAAGAAUGUUCACCAGGAUACACAGGGAACAACUGUGAUAUUCCAUGUCGAUAUCCGAGUUAUGGAGUCAGUUGUCAAUUGGAAUGUAAUUGUACGGAAGGGAAUUGCCAUUUCCAAACUGGAUGCAUUGGUAUUCAAUGACAUUUAAUGAUUUUAGUAUGUAGUAGUAUCUUAUUUUUAUACCAUAAGAGUUUAUAUAAUUUGUAUUGAUUUGACAAUGCUAGCGAAAUUAUCUCUUAUAAACUUGUCAAACUU